UUGAGUAAGUGUGUAAAAACCAUUGUAAUGUUAAUUUCACCACUCUCAUCAGCUCUGCGUUCAUCCGUCGCACUCCGCCCCAUCUCCGUUGCAAUAAAAAAAGCAUCAUCAUUUGCUUCAUCAUCCAUUAAGAUGGAAGCAGAAAAACAAUAUAAAUUUGGACCAUACAAAAUUGAUGAAAAAGAAGUCUUUUAUUCAACUCACCUUUCUUAUGCUUUGGUUAAUCUCCGCCCUCUUCUUCCCGGUCAUGUGCUUGUCUGUCCAAGACGUGAAGUGAAGCGCUUUACUGACCUAACCCCGGAGGAGACUAGUGACUUGUGGAUUUCAGCCCAAAAAAUUGGGAAGCAGCUUGAGAUCUACCACAAAGCUUCUUCGCUUACAUUAGCAAUUCAAGAUGGUCCCCAGGCAGGACAGACGGUUCCUCAUGUUCACAUCCAUAUUGUUCCCCGGAAAGGAGGGGAUUUUGAGAACAAUGAUGAGAUCUAUGAUGCUCUCGAUGAGAAGGAAAAGGAACUAAAGAAGACUCUUGACCUGGACAAGGAAAGGAAAGAUAGAAGCAUGGAGGAAAUGGCUCAAGAGGCUGAUGAAUACCGAAAGCUUUUCUCCUAGUCUAACAUACUAUGGUUUUUCCGGUCAUAUUUCAGAUUGAAAUUACACAUGGUUAUUUAUAAUUGACACAGAUCUCAUCUACAGACUAAACCAAUCAUGUUCUGACUUACAAAGGCACCUUCAUAUGUCUCCAAAUGCCUAUGCAAUUGAUGUUCACAUGCAGUUAA